GCACGUGUGUCUCCGUUUUCGCGUAGAUCGCGUUCGCGUGUUGGCGUUCGCGCGUGUAUCAUUCGCUCCGUCCCGCUCGCUCCCUUGCUCGCUCCGCGUCGAUCUUUCCCUCGUGGCGUCAUUCGUGGAUUCAGCCGGCGCGUCCCUCUUGUCGCACGAGUCUGCCGCGUGACGUCUGACCAAGCACGCGGUUCUUCCACUCGCGCGUUGCGCACCUCUUCCGCUCAAAGUUCCCUAUCGUCGAUCCCCAAUCAUCGCCACUUCGAUGGCAAUGUAGAAUUUUCCAAAUGUGAUUUGAUCAUCCGGUGGAUUGUUCGGGAUCUCGUCCAACUGACACGAUCAACGAAGAGGAAUCGAGGAUAAAGUUUGUUUACCGGUGGUUGGAUUUUGACAGGAUGGAUCGUUUGACGGAUUGCCAGGACGACGAGUAACGUGAUGUAGAAACGUAGAGAAGUCAGUCACGUUGAGUCUGCUGUUUGCGAAAUUGCGAACGGAUUUCCGUGCGAACUGUCGAAUAGCGAAAAGGAUAAUCCUGGACGAGUUAUUAAUAAAGAGUGACGCAGCCACAGGAAGAGGAAAUGCUCGAUCGAAGCGGCAACGACGCGGAUAAUCUUGGAUAAAGUAUAAAUAAAUAUUAUCGAGGAAGCGACCAAACUUGCGUAAUCCUCGCGGCUAGAGUUUCCAGGCUGGAGCAGGUGCGUGCGACGGGCGCAUCUGGUUAAAUGACACCUGUGCGAGCGUAGUCGUGUAGACGCGUGAAACUAUCGACGAAUGAUCGUCUCUGGAUCCCGAUAAUCAGCGAAUGCGAAGUGAUCGAUCGUUGUAUGAAAAGGUGCGCGCCGUGCGCGUGCCGGCUUCGCGAGAGUGCCGGCGCGCCGGUGCACGAGCGGGUAAACUGAAUUUAACGUUAUGGUAACGUGAAUCGAUCGCAGAAUACCUUCACCCCUCGCCAUCACGAUUUUCCGUGUCCGUGCAUGCACGUAACGGCCAUCGUAAAAACUCCGCGAAGAAGGUGCAAAGGUAAUUGAACUAUCGGCCCGUGUUCCCCCUCCCCCUACCAUUUCCAGGCUAAAUUACCCCGGAGAAACUUUGUCGACUUUCCAUUCGUGAUAACAUCUCCAACUUGCACGAGCAAAUUCGAGUGGUUCACGCGGUCUCUCGCGAAAUUUCCCGUGCGUGCACUUCUCAGUGGCGAGAUCCAUCGAAUCGAUCCGACCGCUCAGACUUCAAAGACGAGUACGGCAAAGAGAAAGGGGCGAGAACCGCAUACACGACCGCACGUUAGGUUCACUCGGAAGAAUCCUCGCGAUGGACACGUGUUAAUACGCUGUCGGUCGUUUGGAGGUGAUCAAUCAGCUCGAAGAGUCUCUGUACCGGGGAAUCGAGUACGUUUAUCAAAAGAAGCUGGUAGAAGAUUAAUGCCUUACCUACUUAAGGUUAACGAGCGGAUGUGAACGUGUAUAUUUAAUAGCGCCGAUUAAGGUUGAAUGCUAAUUUGCUUAUAAUUGUGCAUCCAUAAGGAUAUAAAUAAAAUUAAUGCCAAUAAUGUAUUAAACUUGGAAUUCUCGUCGAUUCGUCGAAUUUAUCUUUCAUCUAUGCGGUAUUCGAAGUAGCCAACUUUCACGUACGUCCCUUUGAUCGAAGAAAGAUCGAGAGAUCGUUCGAUGCAUAACUGAUUCCUAGAAGCUGCGCGUAUUUGCCAGAAAUUUCGGACGCGUACGUGACAGGAAAGAUUACUGAUCGGUGGAACGAACGAGUCGACCGACGACGAGGAUUCUCUUAGGUCGUUUGCUCGCGGGGAUCGUUAGCUUGUAAUCGACACUGGGGUCAGCGUUCGCGGCAUAAAUUUUUGUGCUGGCGGAAACCUUAUCGAGCCGCGUGCAGCUCGGAACGUUCACGAAGGUGUGAAAAAGAAGGAAAAAGAGAAUAAGAAGGAAAGUUGGUCUGUUUGUCUGGUCGAUAGAGCUACUGGUAUAUUUAUGUUCCACAAGAACCCGAAGAUUUACUAGAAAAAUGAUGAAAACCGACAUCGAUGGCCCUUGUAAAGAUAACGUAACACGUUGCUGGCGCGUUCGAAAUGUUUUAGAAUCCACAGGUCGAUAAAUUCAAGAUCGACAACUUUGGAAACUAGUAGAAACUUCCUCGAGACCGAAAUCAUCGGUGGUUCAAAAGAAAUUGACAGGAAUUGAUCGAAAGAGGACGUAAAGAAAUUCUAUCGAAAAGUGAUGAAACGAAGAAUCCUAUAACUAACGUUUAUUAGUCGUUGUCUUAGAAAGAAAUUUACGUGGUAUCGGAAUUAGAAGAUACCGUGCAUUCGCAGGCGUUCCACCAACGUGAAAUUAAUCGGAUUACGAGACGACGUAGUUAGCAAAUGAGGAAAGAACGAAUUACGACGAUUGUUCAGCGGACAAUUGGACUACUUGUUUCGGUGUAAUUCGAAGAAUCUCGACGUAAAGGGAUAGUGAACGGGACGCGAGACGCGUUAAGAAAGUUACCACGGAGGAAAGAGAAGGAUGCUCGUAAUCCUUCGUUGGAAAUCAGCGCGGCCGAAAGCAAUUCCAGAAGAUAAACAAGUUCGCUGGGAAGCACCGGAUGCAGCGAUUGUCAUUGAAGUUGAUCAAACCUCGGAAUAGUUUAAUGGCCACGAUAUCAGUUAAACGGGCGAAACUCCUCUCAACAUCCCGUUGGAAAUACACUGUGGUUUAAACUUUUUAAUAGAAGUAAACAAUCUUUUGAGUAAAAACUAACUAAAAUAAAAAAAAAAAAGAAAAAUCGUGCGAUAAAAUAGCAAAAAUAAAGCAAGAUAAGAAUAUACAAUCAAUAAUUGAAGCUAUCAAAUGGUUUUGAAGGGACGGGAAAUCGGCGUUAUAGAGGAAAUCAAAUCAAACGUUCGAAAGUAUGUGAGAAAUACCAAAGAAAAUGACACGUGAAACGUGGUAAUCCGAACUGGAAUAGAAGCUGGCACGCAACAGUGUGCCUGAAGGAGUCUUCUCGAGUCUCUUCAGGGACGUUGAACAAAUUACUCGGGCAUACACUGGGAACGCUCGAGAGCAAGAGGAAAGCCAUUAUCAAACAAUUGCUCUACAAAGGGGAACCUUCUCUAUUUUCUUGCACAGAAUCUUCCAACGUAAACGUGACGUUCGUGUUACGAUCGAAAUCCACGAGAUCUUAUAUACUGAAAGAUCAAAUAAUCCCCUCAAUCCCAAGUUUUCAAACUUUAAACGACAAGAAGAAAAAGAUAGUCGAUUAAAACUAGGCUGGUUCACGCGAGUUUCGACGAUUAACCGCAAUUACAGCUACGUAGCUCGUGUUCUAGCGUUUUCAGACGGCGAGCGACGAGUGGAGGAUUUCGUGAAACGAGUAUAUCUACCGGCACGACGUGUUUCAUGGCCUGGAAGUAAUCCGUGGGAGCUUUUCGAAGCUUCGAGCGCCAGCGGUAUUGGUUCGUUAAAGAACCGAAAGAAGUUGGGGCGCAAAGGUAAACAGAGGGGAAAAGGGUAAAAUCGAAGUUUCGUUGGAACGUUGGCGAGCAAGGGAAAAAUCGUGUGUCACGGACGAGCUACUUUGUACUUUGUCGAGUGAACGGUGUGCAAGUGGAACCGGAUGUAACGGGGGUGUCAGUCAACGGCAAUGACGAGUAUCGAAUUCACGUUGUCAGGCUGUCGUGAUAAAAACUUGGCAACGAUAGUAAAAGUCUGUUGGAGAUCGUCGCGUGGCUAAGUAGACUGGUGGCGCGGGCAUGGUGCGGAAGUAGGUUUUCUUUCUUCCGGCUUCUGCUAGAGAAGCGCAGUACAAGUGGCUCCGAAGAGGACGAUGAUGUCUAGACAAAGCAAAGAUCCCGUGCAGAAGUGCCACUCGGACCCAGGUGCUGCAAGUACCGGCAGUACUCCUUGCAGCCCUGGUAAGCGAAUUUCUCGCAGAAUAGUGCCAGGAAUUCCAAGCUCUUCCAACACACGCAAAUGUGUUCUCACCUUGGACGGGUAUAGCUACGUGAUCGUUGCGUCUCCACCGGAUCGAAGAGUCACGAGAGACGAUAUUGCAGUGUCCUCACCCGGUGCAUCUCCAAACGUUAAUGCAACUACAAGCUGCACUAGUACAACGUCGUCUCGAUUGCACAACCCUUCCUCGCCUGGUCGGAAUGGCCAGCUAUCGAAACAAGGCACAUUAACGAUAGUACGUCGAAGUUCUGGUAAGAGUAAGAGUAUCGGCGGAAGUUUCGAAAGUUCUCCGCCGCCGCACAGUCCUGACACUCUUUCGUCAAGCCAGUCCGUGGACCUUGAUGAGAUCCUUGAUAAUGUCGAUCUAACGACGGACUCGCUUCCUGCCGUUGACACCCCCGAUGCUUGCGACAAGGCUGCUCUCAGAUUGAGAUGCUUACUGAGGCAGCUUCAACAUGGCGAAAUAUCUGCAGAAUUGCUUCAACGAAAUUUACACUACGCGGCACGCGUACUCGAAGCUGUCUUCCUCGAUGAAACCAAGGUGAAUUCAGGAGGGGUUGAGUGCUCUCGGUCAUCGCGUAGGGGUGCGAGCCUGUCAUCUGCAUCCCUGGGGAGCGGCUUGGACUCGGAUGGACAACAGGGCCACGCGGUGGUAACCCAGAAACGGAAGCUUCGCACCCCCGUAUGGGCAAGAGACGCCGAGCGUGUGGAGUCAACCGCUACUCGCCGUCAAGGUAUACGACGUAGGCGGCUAGCGGACGAGGACGACGAACUGUCGGAGGUACAGCCGGACGCGGUGCCACCGGAAGUUCGCGAAUGGCUGGCUUCGACCUUUACCAGACAGCUUGCGACCACGAGGCGGAAGGCAGACGAGAAGCCAAAGUUCCGCUCGGUCGCGCACGCCAUCAGGGCAGGAAUCUUCGUCGAUCGGAUUUACAGGCGGGUCACCAAUAUCGCGUUCAUGCAGUUCCCGCCGGAAGUGGUUAGAGUGCUCAAGACUUUAGACGAUUGGUCCUUUGACGUAUUUUCAUUAAACGAAGCCGCGAUGGGAGCUCCAGUGAAAUAUCUCGGCUAUGAUCUAUUGAAUCGAUACGGCAUGAUCCACAAAUUUAAAGUCCCUGCAACAGUGUUGGAGUGCUUCUUGGGAAGAGUCGAAGAGGGUUACUGCAGGCAUCGAAAUCCGUAUCAUAAUAAUCUUCACGCAGCUGAUGUCGCACAGACUAUGCACUACAUUUUGUGUCAAGUAGGACUUAUGAAUUGGCUGACCGACCUGGAGAUUUUCGCCACGCUGGUUGCGGCGAUUAUUCACGACUACGAGCACACUGGGACCACAAACAAUUUCCACGUAAUGUCCGGUAGCGAUACGGCUCUACUCUACAACGAUCGAGCCGUCCUGGAAAAUCACCACAUCUCCGCGAGUUUCCGGAUAUUGAGAGAAGAUGAAUGCAAUAUAUUACAAAAUCUAUCGAGGGAGGAAUUCCGAGAAUUUCGUUCGUUGGUGAUCGACAUGGUACUGGCAACCGACAUGAGCUUUCACUUCCAACAACUGAAAAACAUGAAAAACAUUCUGAGCUUGGCAGAGCCCAGCGUUGACAAAAGCAAAGCUGUCAGUCUGGUUCUCCAUUGUUGCGACAUCUCGCAUCCGGCUAAAAGAUGGGAUCUUCAUCACAGAUGGACAAUGCAACUAUUGGAAGAGUUCUUCCGGCAGGGAGAUAAAGAGAAUGCUCUCGGCUUGCCGUUUUCUCCGCUAUGCGACCGUAACAAUACCCUGGUAGCUGAAUCGCAAAUAGGAUUCAUCGAGUUUAUCGUCGAGCCCAGCAUGCAGGUGUGCAGCGACAUGUUGGAGACGGUUCUCGCUCCGUUGAAUAUAAAGGAGAAUGUGGACGAAUCGAACGACGGGUCCGUUGGAGAAAGCAAGAGAUUCAAGAUCGGUAAACCUUGGAUUCCUUGCCUCGGUGACAACAAGAAAAUUUGGAAGGAACAAGCUGUUCGAGACGCCGAGGCAAGAGCGCAAAAGGAGCAAGCGCAAAAGGAGCAAGCGCAGAAGGAGCAAGAGCAAAAGGCGGGCAGCGAGAGCCGCGAGGACAGCGACACGACGCAGCCAGCGUCCGAGGAAUGAAAACUCCAGCGGGCCGUUCUAUUUUUCAAGAAUAUAUGUAAUUUUAGGCUACGAAGAAGCUCGUGAUUCCACACACAGCAGAAUAUCUACCGCGUUGUGUCUGUCUCAGUGACACGUCUAAACGAAUCGCGCGUCACCAAGAAAGUGAUCUCCCUCGACGAUCGAGCGAACGCGCGAAAGGUCAAGUGUACGAUUAAAAAGAAUACUCCCACGACUAUUUAUACCGUUUGUUCACCACACUACAAACAAUUCUUCACCGAUUUCGCUGUAUUUCGACGAUCACUCCACCUUUUUAUCGAUCGACCAAAAAUUAUCGAUGUCUCUACGCGUCUUCAAUUUCUCGUCUUGAUUUUUCUCGCGGUCGAACGUAGCCUUUGCAUAAUCGAUGCCAUCAAUAGUCCUUGCUCUUAUUCUCGCUCUUUCGUUGUCGAGAAAUCUUCGCGAUUUGUAAAUACAACAGAAGCUUCGCGGCAUUUUUCUUACGCUACGCUACUGUCGAGCAGGUCGCGGUCUUUUCGUAGCUUUUAAGCUCUGAAAGUGACGCCUUAACGGACGAUGUUCGAUCGUCGAACGCGGUGAUACUAAACCCUAAAUCGUGAUCGAAAGAAAUUCAAAUUUUAAGAAGAAGAUGGCCCAAAAUCUUGUUGUUUCGUUUAUGUGAGUGUCGUUCGUUGUAUUUUCUUAAAACUUUGAAGUAUAUAAAUAUCAUUCGUGAAUUCGUGAAGAAUUUGCGUUAAAAAGGGGUCAAUAAAGGGAACAUUCCUUCGCAAUUGCUCAAUGAGAACAAAGAUCAAUUGUUGACUUUCGAUCGAUGAAAAAUUCAAUAAAUGUAGGUCAUAGUUGAAUUAUAAUACACAAUGGUAUGACUUGUACAUUCUUUAUAAAAUUAGCAUACUAUUCGAGGAUCGUGAGUUGUCGCUUAGUCACAUCAGCUUUUAACAAACGAUAUACUUUGCGAUUUUUGUUACGUCAUCGUACAAUCAUAGUUUGUACUAUCUUUUGAUCAAAAAUAGAGCGUAACGCUCAUCAAAAACAUUAUGUCGAUGUAAUUUUACUCCUAAACGAACGUAUAAUUAAAAUUAGAAAAUCGUUAGGAAUAUAACUAACUGUACGAUGCGAUUCUGUAAUGAAAACGGGAAACCUGUACUGACAGAUUUAAAGGGAUUUAGUAGCUAAAUGUUGAAUUAUAAGGAAAAAAAGAAGCGGGCAAACGAUCAAGGCGUUACUUUCUCAGCUUACUUUACGCGUAAAUAUUACUAUGAAAACGUAGAGAUAUAGUCGAGUUUCUAUCGUAAGCGUAGCCUAAAGUUACCAGCUGCAAUAGGCGGCAAAAAUCGAGUACACGUUAACACACACAUACAUCUACACAUGCAGCAAACAAACAUACAUAUAUACAGAAAAGAAAAGAGAAAGAGAAGAUCGUAAACGUACUUACAAUUAGAGGCACAAUUGUCUGUUCGCGAUGAAGUGGUAGCGCGUGUGAAAGGACGCUAACAUCAACACGUCGACGGGUUUUCCAUAGCGUUUCGCCAUUGGAGCGCUGUCUUUGUCCGUACCUGUUUUUUCUUACAAUUAGUGUAUAACUAAGAGCAUACGUUUUUUCAUAGAAACGAAGACUUUCAUCUUUGAGGGAGGAAAAGAAAUAAUAUUGAAUUCGAUCAUUUAACGAGCUAUACUAACUAAUAACUGCUCAUAAUCCUCGUUUCUCAUAAAAUCCUUGAAAUUCAUGGUUUCUUAAAGUACCGAUCAUUUGCUACGAGUACUGAGCCAAUCUCUUGUUCGUAAAUAAUAUUCUACGUUUAUAGGGAGGCACGAAAUAAAAAUUAUUUGCUAUUUUCAUGUUUUUUUACAAAAUCUUUGAAAUUUCUAAUUUAUUGAAUUAUUUUAAGGAUACUGUAAACCCUGACUUAAACUCACGAACAUCCGUAGAUUCGUAAGUGCGAGAGUUUUGCGUAUAACAUUAGGGUAUCUGAGAAGUAUUACGUAACGUCGAUCAUUUUACUCGAGUUAUUUUCACAUCAUCUAUCCAAAGAAAAAAAUAAAAAGGGUAAAAAAAGCUUAGGAGGCUGCUCGCGCUAAUUCUAAUGGCAUACAUUUCCUUCUUUCUACUUGGUGGAUUUAAGGGAUACCAUGAAAUCUCUAAUCGAGAUUCAAUUUAUUAAUAUAUAAAUCUAAUUCUAAUCGUGUUAUAUGUAAAUUCUCUUCGCUAAUGACCAAGUCAUCAUAAGGAAGAAUUUUCCUUUUUCUUUUUUUUUUUUACGAAUACGUAAUAUUUUUAACGCUGGAACUACCAACAGCUAAAGUAUAAAACUCGUACCAAGCAAAUCGAUACGCAGGAUACAUAAAGAUAGAUAUAGCGCGGAAAGACCACUUUAUCAAAAAUCAUUCAAAUCCUUCAAAGUAAAUCAUUUUAGAUCUAUGUAUAAAACUAUCGUGAAAAAUUACGAACCGAUCAUUUUCACUACUCUGCUAGUUCUUACGCCAAAGACACCCUAAUAUUUGAGCAAAACAUAUUUUUCAUAGCUUUACCACAAAUAACUUGAUCGAGAUACUAGUACGAAGCUUGUAGAAUUGAUAGACGCAGGCUGGCUGUCGCACAAGUGUCGAAUUCCAUGCGAACUUCAUACGAGGAGAAUUUGACAUUCUUCUUGACGGGAUGUGGCGAAGUUAAAAGCCUUGAGGCUACGCCGAGCCCAAUCUUCGAUACGCUCGCGCAAUACGCGUCAGGUUCCCGCGACCAGAAAAGCUUACACUUGCCUUCUCGAAACUUCGACCGGCCGAUUGGCACGGAGAAAGGCGAAAACUUGCUUCUUUUCCAAGAAGGUCCGAUUUCUCCAGUUCGAUUCACUCGUGAGCUUGAACUUAUAAAGUUUCGAAGAAACUUAAGAUCCUUUACGAAAUUGCUGAUCGUUUCGUUCGAAAUUCGAGACAGAUCGCUGCUUUGAUUCGACUUCUGGAAUAUUUCUCUUUUAAAGUAACUUUCAUAUUACUCCAUACAUUGAUUAAUUAUCUGCACAAGUUGAAACGCCUUGCUAACUAAAGUUGAUUAAUCGAAUCGUGUUUCACAAGUUGGCCACGUCGAGGAGCUUCUCUUGGCAUUUUCCAAUCUUUGCUUCAGUCUCUGAUAUUUACUUACGCUUUACUCGAGAAUUUUGAAGAAAAUAAAAAGAAAAAAUAUAAAUCCUAGUGAAAUUUACACGAUAUAAACGACUGAAAAAUCGAACACCAUUUCGAGCCACGUAACGUCCAAUGGAUAAAUAAUAAACAAAGCAACCGACGCUUAACAAAAAUAUAAGAGAAUCGAUGAAAUUGGAUAAAAGAACCGAUUUUUAAACGCAACAAUCGGGUGAAAGAAGCGUAACGAGUAGAAAUCGGCGAUUGAAGGGAACGAACGAAACGAGAAGAGACGAGCAUCGAAUCGGGAAGAAUCGGACUUAAAUCAAGCUGUGUGAGUUAGAUUCAUAGGGGUGUAACGUCGUUGUACAUACUUACAUUAGAUGUGUAUUCGUAUACACGUAAAGGUGCAGCUUUAAUGUAUGUAAAUGUAAUGUAAAAGAGAUAUCACUAGCGUUUACUUAACGUGUGCUAUGUUUCGUGUACAUGUACAUACAUACAUAAACGAGAAAGGGACGGAGUAGGUGUGUUUCUGCACAUUUCAAGCGCAAUGUCGCGAGAAACGCGAACUGGUAAUUACGAACGCGUCUAGUUUGUACGUUCGAUCGAACAUAUCGGGGAAUCGCAUCGUUUUAUCCUGUUAACUUUGAUCGAUUGAACGAUAAGCGAAGAGGAGAAUCCUUUGAAAUCGAGGCUCACGACGUUCGUCGAGAACGACGUAAUGCGACGUGAACUGCAUUAUAGGAUUUAAUAAACGGAGGAACCUUUAGCGCGCGUACAUUUGUAAGGAACAUAGAGGAUGCAUAGGACAAAGUCUUUCGCUCGAAGAUUAAACAUAUCCGUCCUGUAUUUAUUUGAUUUCUCUCCUUCGCGUACGUGUCGUGUUUCAUUGACGUAGAACUUCAUGCUGCUUGGUACGGAUGAGAUAUCGUAUCGCAUUCCGCUGAAUCUCUGGGAUACUAUGAUCUAAAUUAUUCGAGAUAGCUUGUACCAAUGAAACGAUAUGCAACUAAUCGUAUGUAAUCUCUGAAAAUGUACCUGCUUUACAAUUCUACAAAUGAUUUUUGGAAUUUACAACUGAAAGUGCUUGUACAGAAUUGCAUCUAAGAUAGUUGAACUAGCGCACGUUACGAUUGAAUUGAAAAUUUCCAUCCCUUUCUAUUCAAACGUGAUGAUGAACGACGAAGUCUUACGAACCUCUCACUAUAAAUAUAUUUCAAGCAAAAAUGUUUUAAUUUAAAAACUUUCUCCAAGCUUUUUCAUAAAGUUUCCUCUCACGACUGUACGGGUAAAAAGAAACGAAAGAUUGAAAUCUCAUCCAAGCAAUUAAAACUAAUCGCCGCCGAAAGAAAUAAAUGUAACAUGUUCCAGGAACACGACCCGUAUCUCCUUUAUGUGCGAGUAAGUUAAUUGUACAUACGUGGAACAAAUCGUGGGCGAGAUCAGUUGCCUGUUCGCAACGCAACAAAGGAACAUUCGCGUGUUUUUUUCUUUAGGGCGAUUUCCCAAGUAAGACUGUGCACGAGGUUCGAAUUCGUUGCAGCGAAUCGUUUCGAAAGCCAAGCACGCUGCUCGAGCGGUUUUAAUGUGUUUGCAUGCUCGCAUUCGUCGCGACGCGAACGCGACCACGCACUUGCCACUUUUGCGUUACGUGCUCAGCACGAAAGUUCAUUUUCCUUACUGCAGCGGACGAGGGGCCAAAACGCGUGAUAGAAUUUAAAGAGAAACAAAAAAGAAAAAAGACAAAAAAGAGACAGUACAUUUGGAACCAUGCUCGUACCAAGAGAAUAUAUCAAUAGGAAACGCGCGAGCGAAAACGCAACGUUAAGUAGGUACGCAUUGUAUGCUGUCUACUCGAUGCUUUUGAUUUUUGGUUGAUCGUAGUACCACGGUAAAGAAAUUAUGAUCGUACAAAAGUGAAUAAUAAUUGUAAGACACGUAGUUUGAGAUGGAGAGAGCUCGAUGCAGAAAUUAUCGCAAGGGGAAUUAAUUCUAUCGAACAUCGACAGCCAUUGUAUUUCGUUUUCUCUGAAAGGUGCGCAAUUUUUAGAAAGUUAAUCUGUUUUAAUAAGAAAAUUUGCAGUCAAUGAAAUUAGUAUUUCACUGGUUACAAUUUCAAGUUCGAUUCGUCAAUGUGCUUCGAAUAUUUAUUAUCUAAAUCUUUAAUCAAAUCUUCGAUGAAAUUGAAUUUACAUUAUGUCGAAUACGACGUACGUUUCGCUAACAGCUGUUUCAAUUCCUAGCAAUCAAUUCUAAAAUUCCAGCAUAAUUUAACAAAAUUAAUUUAAUUACCGCAGGUGAACAUUCCAUAUCUACUUAGUUUCAUAAAUUGUGAUUCCACCUGCUAAGAAUUUGUCCAUACUUUCUUCCAGUUCAGAUCAACUUAUUUCACCGCGAUACAACUAUAUCUAAAUUUAUCCUACGAAAAUCUAUCCCGUUCUUUCGUCAAAUUAUCGCGCGUACGUUUCUCCAUCGAGCUCUUCGAACUCUCGUUAAAACGAGUCCUCUUCAACGUCGUUCGUAUUCGCUCGCGCCACUCAGUCUCACCUUAAUCGUCCAACUUUUUUCAAACAAAUACUGGCCUUUCCUAGUAGAACAGUGAAAACAAAUACGUAUCAAGGCCACCUUACGAUUCAAAACAUAAAAUUAAGAGCCGCGUAACGCGUACUUGAUACGUAUAACCUAUUGUAACGCUUUGCUCUAGGUGUACCUAGUAAAUAAAAUAUAAAAAGAAGUAUGAAGAAAACGAAGAGAAGAAAAAAAUAUAACAGCCUGAACGCGACACGUGGCUCGUGUACAGGAGGUCGCGAGAGAAGGAUCGAUAUUACACGACAAAGAGGCUUGGAACAACAAUAUUCGACCAAUAAUCGUAAUUCAUAAGAUAAGCUAACUCAAAGAUACACCUACAUAAACACUCACACGCAUACAUACAAUGUACACGUACACCGGAUGUGCGCAUAAAAGAGCACCACUUAAGCCCCAAAGUGUACAAAAGUUCGAUUUCCAUUGGUUUUCAUAAAGGAACGUUAUAUAAUCGGCGAUUAUAUAAGAAAACUCGUCGAUUAAGCAUACAUUAUGAGGAGAAAAUAUGGGAAUCGAACGAGUAUUGUACGCUUUUCGUUCUUUCCUCCAGUUUUUUCGUUCGUCGUUCCUCCGUUCAACGUUCGUUUAAUCGGCACAAUUAACCGCAACAGAUGUGUACAUAAUCGAUAAAAGAAACCAUACAGCACCGUGUCCGUUUGAUGUGAUGUAAUUAAGUAAUAACGUCUAAGUGAAACAAAGAUAUGGUACGGGAGAAUAUAUAUUAAUAUAAAUACAAAAUAUAAAGUAUAAAUACACGUCGUGUAUAAUUAGUACUGUAUUCUGCAUAAAUUCACCGAGAAAUAAAAAAAUACUCGAUUA